CCCCAGAAGAAGAAGCGGCAGCGGCAGAGUGACAUAACGAACACAUCCCACAACAUUGUGGAGGUAAACAUGGCGACCAUCGGACCUCUAGCAAGGAUUGCCAGACUGGGCUCCAGCAUCUGCAGGAACCAUCGUUUAUCUUUUAACAGAAGCACACAGAGACGAGGAAUAGCUUCUUGUGUCGACCCUUCUCAUGGACUCACAGAUGAACAGAAGGAAUUUCAAAAAAUGGCCUUUGACUUUGCGGCCAAUGAAAUGGCUCCACACAUGUCAGAGUGGGACCAAAAGGAAAUCUUUCCAGUAGAGACGAUGCGAAAGGCAGCCCAGUUGGGGUUUGGUGGGAUCUACGUCCAGCCGGAAGUCGGAGGAUCGGGUCUCUCUCGGCUGGACACAUCGAUCAUCUUUGAGGCCUUGUCCACAGGAUGUGUCAGCACUACAGCUUACAUCAGCAUCCACAACAUGUGUGCCUGGAUGAUAGACACUUUUGGCAAUAAUGAGCAGAGGGAGAGGUUCUGUCCUGAUCUCUGUUUGAUGGACAAGUUUGCUUCGUAUUGUCUCACUGAACCAGGCAGCGGCAGUGAUGCUGCUUCACUUCUGACCACUGCUCAGCUGAAAGGGGAUCAUUACAUCGUCAAUGGUUCGAAGGCCUUCAUCAGUGGUGGGGGAGACACAGAUGUCUAUAUUGUGAUGUGCAGAACAGGAGGUAAAGGACCUAAAGGCAUCUCUUGUCUAGUGGUAGAGAAAGGAACCCCAGGCCUCAGUUUUGGCAAAAAGGAAAAAAAGGUGGGUUGGAACUCCCAGCCGACCCGGGCGGUGAUAUUUGAGGACUGUGCCGUUCCAGUGAUCAAUCGGCUGGGUGAGGAAGGACAAGGAUUCAACAUGGCCAUGAGAGGCCUGAAUGGAGGAAGAAUUAAUAUUGCCUCCUGUUCUCUUGGGGCGGCACAUGCCUCGGUUCAGCUCGCGAGGGAUCAUCUGUUAGUACGCAAGCAGUUUGGAGAGACACUCUCCAACAACCAGUAUCUUCAAUUCAAACUGGCAGAAAUGGCCACCAAGCUGGUUGCGUCCCGCCUCAUGGUGCGUGAAGCUGCCACAGCGCUGCAGGAGAACCGGUCUGAUGCCGUUUCUCUCUGCUCUAUGGCCAAACUCUUCGCCACAGACGAGUGCUUUAAUAUCUGCAACGAUGCUCUCCAAAUGCACGGUGGGUACGGUUACCUGAAAGACUACGCAGUGCAGCAGUUUGUCCGAGACAUCAGAGUGCAUCAGAUUCUCGAGGGCACAAACGAAGUGAUGAGGAUGAUCAUUUCCCGUAAUCUGCUGACGGAAUCAUGAUAAACCUUUUCCCCUGGAUAUGUGUGAUUUGAACAGUGACCAUAUUGUUAUGGUCUUUCUUCCUGUUACUGUGUGACUGGUUUCCUAAAGUGUAAAAGGUCAUUUAAGGACGUGUGGUAAGCCAGUCAGUAAGGCAUAGGUUUUUCUAGUAUGAUAUUAGUUAUUAUCUUAAAAUGUUUAGCUACUCUGUUGCAGCAAGGCUCAAGGGAUGACCAUUUAACAAUGUACACAUAUUUCCAAUAACAGCUGUCAUUCAAAGAGGACAAAUCCCAAUGACAUUGGCAAUCCCUAGCUUACUUUACAUGUAGUGCCACCUGCAGGUCAACAUUUCCUCAGGUCCAACACUUCCUCUAAAAGCAAUAAAUAAAUUACAGGCUAUAAUUUUAAAGAAAUGCUUAUACAGCAUAUACAAAAUGCUGAAUAAUGGCAUAUUACACUAACAUACAAACCUUAGCAUUCAACUCAAAAGCUGAAGUUAUGUACAAUUUAAAAAGACAAAGCAUAUUUUAUUUAAG